AUGAAGACCGAGGACCAAACGACUGAGGAGGCGGCGCGCCGGGCGCCUGCCACCCGCCGCCAGGAAAAACCACCUUUCUCCUACAUAGCGCUCAUUGUCAUGGCCAUUCGCCACUCACCCAACAAACGUCUCACUCUUAGUGAAAUAUAUGCGUUUCUCCAACAACAGUUUCCAUUUUUUCGGAGCUCCUACCAAGGUUGGAAGAACUCAGUAAGGCACAAUCUCAGCUUAAACGAAUGUUUUGUUAAGUUACCCAAAGGUCUCGGGAGGCCCGGGAAAGGGCAUUACUGGACAAUAGACCCAUCAUCAGAGUUCAUGUUUGAAGAAGGUUCGUUCCGACGCCGACCACGUGGUUUUCGACGUAAAUGCCAAGCUUUAAAACCACAAUUUGGAGGUGGUGGAUAUUUAUGUGGUAGCGGAGUCGGUGCGCUACCUCCUUCUCAACCAACUGGUUACGAGCUGGCAACUGGAAGCGGUGCUGGAGCAAGUAGUACGCCAUCACUAGAUUACGGCGCAUGUGCAUACUCCCACACAGGUUCUAGCCAGCAAUUAAGUUACGGCGGAGAGUACUGCACUUACAGCAGUAUGGGAGAACGAGAAUGGCCCUUAGCCUAUGGCACUGUAGAGCCAUCCUAUAGGCCACCUCCAGCUUCACCUCCAUCGAGACAUGAUUUGCCUGACCUUAUACCCAAUUAUCAAUACGCCGUCGCUAAUGAUCAUGGUAAGUCUUGUAACUUUUAUAAU